GAAAUGUCAACGAUCGGGAGUUUCGAAGGAUUCCAGCCCGUGUCUCUGAAGCAAGAGGGCGAUGACCAACCCUCAGAGAAUGAUCGACUGUCCAUGGAAGAGGGAGACCCAGGCAAGGACCCAGCACCAAGACGGAUUUCAAGGCAGCCAAGUGUAACCAAAUCAACACUCUACCCCAAUCCUUAUCACAAGACCUAUGUCUCACGGAAGUACUUCGUUACACGGCCGGGGGCCAUUGAGACCGCCAUGGAAGACUUGAAAAGUCAAAUAGAGAAGACUUCUGGAGAGAAAAUCCAAGGCUUCUGGCUCUUAACAGAGAUAGAUCACUGGAACAAUGAGAAGGAGAGGAUAUUGCUGGUCACAGACAAGACUCUCUUCAUCUGCAAAUAUGACUUCAUCAUGCUCAGCUGUGUGCAGUUGCAACAAAUUCCCCUGAGUGCUGUCUAUCGCAUCUGUCUGGGCAAAUUUACCUUCCCUGGGAUGUCCCUGGACAAGAGAGAAGGAGAAGGCCUUAGGGUCUACUGGGGGAGCCCGGAGCAGCAGUCCCUCUUGUCUCGUUGGAACCCAUGGUCCACUGAAGUGCCUUACGCUACCUUCGCUGAGCACCCUGUGAGACACACCAGUGAGAAGUUCCUUGAAAUUUGCAAGUUGUCUGGGUUUACAUCUAAGCUUGUUCCAGCUGUCCAGAAUGCCCUCAAGAGUUCAACUGGAUCUGGAAGAGGAAAGGAACUGAUGUUGUUAACUGAGCCCAUUUUGAUUGAGACCUACAUGGGACUGAUGUCAUUCAUUGGAAACCGCAACAAACUUGGCUAUUCCCUUGCCCGUGGGAGUAUUGGUUUUUGAGACUCUUUUUGACAUAUGAGUACAACAUCCAUAGAUAUAUCAUUAUUGAAGAUUCUGGUUCAGCCCCCCAUAUUUUUGAAUUGA